UCCCUUCGGCGCGAACUGUCGAACAGUUAGUUUGUUUAAUUGUUUCCUACAAAAGUAUAACUUUUCACGAUUUUGGGUGCAUAAGGAUACCGAGAUGGACUUUGACAAUGCAAAGGAGAACAUCCAGCCGCUAGCCAGUGGUCGCAACGUGAGCAUACUGCAGGCCUCGCUCAGCCAAGACUCUGCGCACAGCCAGGAGCUGCUGGCGCAUCGCAAGCAAAUGGAGGAGGAGGUGCGCUCAUACGCUGGUGAGGAUCCACUGGAACCAUGGUACAAGUACAUCUGCUGGAUCGAGCAGAGCUAUCCGGCAGGGGGAACUGGCUCCGGUCUGCAGGCGGCCCUUAUCCAGUGCCUUACCAAAUUUGAGGAGGACGAACGCUACCGCCAGGACAAGCGGCUCAUCAGGCUCUUCAUCAAAUUCAUGGAGAAGCAGAAGGAUCAGAUCGAGUUCUAUCAGCAGAUGUACAACAAUGGGAUCGGAACCAUGCUGGCCGACUUUUACAUUGCCUGGGCCUACAGCUAUGACCUAAGCGGCAACAUGCGCAAGGCCGACGAGAUUUUCCGCCUGGGCCUCGAGUGUCGCGCCGAGCCGCUGGAGGAGCUGAGGGAGGCGCACCAGCACUUUGGCUAUACGGUGGGCCAGCGCUUGCUCUACACCACUGGCGAGGAGGCCAACGCGGUCAACCAAGAGCUGAACGAGCGGCGGCUGGCGCUGCAGUCGCUGCACGGUCGCCGUCAGCGGGACACCAACAUCAUUACAGUCGGAAGUGUACGCACCGGGGCCGCGGUUAAGAGCGGCUUGCCAGGAUUGGUCCAGAUAGACGCUCCAAGCACCAGCGGUAUACGCAAUGCUCGUCGCAACGUGGAGGUGUUUAACGACGAAAACGCUGAAGCGAAUAUCCCGCCCCCUGUGUCCGAGUCGGAAGGAAAGUCAAGUCUGCGCUCGAUCAUUGAUGCAGCUCGCGGGCAGGAAAAUAUCAAGGAACCGGUGGCUUGGAACAAGGCGCAUGCGAAGCGCCAUAAGCACGGGAAGAUCUUUGGCACUAAUGCCGCGCCGGACCUGGGUUUUGACAUACACGUGGAUGAACAUGCGAACCCACCCAUAACCAACUACGAGCGCCGGUUCGAUCAGCCCUUCAGAUUUCCUCCAAACUUUGUGGCCAAGAACAAGCCUCAGGAGGUCUGGGUGACGCCUGUUACCAUUGAGGACGGUUCAAACGCAAAUGGAAUACCUUGCUACCAUAAGUGCCUUCUUUAUCCGCGCCCAAACCUUGAGUUCUCACCUGAGGAGUUCCGUGCUUAUGUCCAUUUAAAACGCCACCAACCACAGCAUCAAUUUGUACAACGCAACGACAAGUGGUGGGGCACGGGACAAGAGCUUAGAGGAGUCCGGUGCUAUCCGAACUUUGCAAACUCUUCUACGCCGCAACCGAGAGACGAGCUAGAUAAGUUUUGGAAGCCCCCGCAGGUGCCGGGCAUUCAGGUCGUUUUCGACAAGCUCUACAACGACGAGGAGCAGCAGGAGUACCAAUCGGAGGAGCUGCUGGCAGCCAAAUGGUGGCAAAAGAGGAAUGUCACUGUUCAUGGCGACUUUGAUAUGGAGGAGACCGUCUGCUUGCCCGGGAAUAAAAUGCCACGCCGCAAAAGUUUUUUCCCCUCUUCCUCCAGAAAAUCCAUGAUGCCGCAUCGGAUUUCCUCGGUGCAGGAGGAGAACGAGAAGGAGGAGGAAGAGGAAGAAGUUGCGAUGGUCGAAGAGAAAACAGCUCCUGCACCACUUCCGUUACCCCAGACAGCAGUUGCAGCUCAGUUGCCAGUUGUAUCCGAGCACAAAGUGGAGCCAAAUAUUGAAAUAUUUGAAGAUUCAGUUGCAUCGCCAGAUCACUUUGCGGUACCGGCUCCUCCUGUUCGCAAAAUAGAGAUCUAUGAAGAUUCGGAAGGCUCGCUGCCAACGCCAAAAACUAAGCCAUCAGAAAUCGGACCUUAUUUUGACGGGGAAGAGACGUGCUCCACACAAAUGUUCAACAUGUUCAUAAAAUCUCAAGCCGUUAGCACGCCCAAAGGCACACAAAAGCAAGCACCGUCACGCCAAUUUGGAAAUUUGCUUAAAGAACUACCACCACCGGAGGAGCCAGCUCCUGUUCCCGCUGCCGAGUCUCCUUUGCGAAAGCAGCUGUCCACCAUUCUGGAGACCUCUGAGCAUGGCACUCAAAGCUUGGCGACUAGCUGCGCCACCACCAAGUCCACCAUUACCAAUUCGUCUUCGCCGGGAUCUAACACAGUUUCUAAACUUGCAAGCAAAAAUGAAGAGUGCACUCCCGGACAAAUGCGCCUGCAGCGAAUACCUGGUUUAUCCGCGGCCGUCGUGGAGACGGAGAAAACUGGUGGCGACAACUUUUCCCGCCGCGAGUUAUGGGAACCCAAUGCCCCUAGCCUGCCGAUGCUUAAGUCCAUGCACUUUCAGGAGGAUAAGACAGAAACGAUUCCUAGGCCUCUUGCCUUCUUCCAGGAAGAGAAAACCGAAACGCUGCCACGAAUGCCCACCCAUCUGUCACAGGUUUCUUUGCUUCACCGCUCGGUGGUUGAUGGACAAUUUUCAACGCAACCAGAAUUUCCUACUCAAGAAGACGAAAACGAUUUGUGUGGAUUUUUCGGGAAGACACCGCCAAAGGUAACGAAUUUUGGCUCUUUAAAGCGCCUUUGCGAACAGACCACUACCGAUCCCUUUAUGUCGAUGAAAUGCACCCAGGAGGCAAAGAACUCCUUUGCGUUGGACACAAGUAAACCGGGAUCGGCUCUUACUAUCAGCAAGCUGGAGGAUUCCAUCAUGACCGAUCUUUCUUUUGUGCCCGAGACACAGCCUGGGACUGUGCCUAAGCCAACAACGGAAAACCAAUUCGAAAUCUUCCUUGACGAGUCGCAGGAAGAGGUUACCGCUUCAAAAAAGGUAGCUUCACUGGCCACCGGUCUUGCCUUGGACUGCACGCUGUCAGAAACGCAGCCGUCAGAAACAAAGAAUGCAGAGAGCAAGCAAGAUACUGUUGGGCAACCCCACAUGAUUGCCUCGUUCAUGAAGGAUUGCAUAGAAAUAAGCCACUGUCCUUCAGAGCUACCACCUCCGUUUGUCACAACUAAUCCCGCAAGCACUGCGUCGGUGCCCAAGUUUUCUAGCAAUUCCAUUUCAGAAUCAAAUGAUAAAUCAGGUGGUGCAAAGCAGACCGAUAAAUUUUUUGAGCUCAACGCAGCCACUGAGAUGUUUGCUACCAACAUUAGUAUGAUCAAAAAUUCCACGCUGCUACCUCCGCCUGCAAAGUUAAUUCUUCCUGUAGAAGAAGAUGAGACCGCGGAGCUAAGUAUAUACUACAAGACAACACCGGUGACCCCAAAGCAGUCGCACCGUUCCUGGUCGCGGUCUGAUUUAGAAACUCCUCCGCGGGAGCGGUUUGUUCACCCCAAAUCCAGUUUAGACCAGUCCGUACUGAACGAAACGGUGGCCGACCCCAACAGGAACCCAUUUAAAGUAGAGCUAAUUAGCUCGCUACUCGAAUCAAUAGACUUCUCCAUGUACAUCGAAAAGCUGCCCCACUGUCAUCUUGUGGGUCAUGUUAAGCGCCUGCAUCCUAAUUCCCAGCUGGAGGUGCUCAACGAGAAGUUCGAAGUGUCCAAAAUGAUAGGAAAGGGAGCAUACGGUUCGGUUUAUAAAGGACGACAUCUCAAAUCCGGCAAGAAGGUGGCCCUCAAGCAGGAACUACCGACCAACUACUGGGAGUUCUAUAUAUGCCUGGAGGUUCACAGCCGUUUAACCAGUGAGCAAAUGAUUCCAGCCUACGCACAAAUUGAUUAUGCGCUGGUAGGAAACAAUUCCAGUGUAUACAUAUCUGAGUUUUCAGAAUACGGUUCCCUAAUUGGUGUUUGCAACAAGGUUAAGAGUGUCACCAACAGAAAUUUGGACGAGUAUGUGGUAAUGCAUCUGAGCUGCCAAAUGCUUGAUAUUGUGGAUCAUUUGCACGCCAUGGGAAUCAUUCAUGCCGACAUUAAGCCGGAUAACUUUCUGCUUAUGAGACCGUUAUGUGCGGAUCCAAACGAACUGAGCCUGCAACUGAUUGACUUUGGUGUGUCCAUCGAUAUGAAGCUCUUUCCGAACAAUCAGACAUUUAAUUAUGUCCAUCAAGACAAUCUGUUCAAGUGCAUUGAGAUGCGAACCCAGCGCCCGUGGACAUUCCAGCUUGAUUUAUAUGGCUUGGUGAGCGUCAUGCACGCGUUGCUUUUUGGUCGUUACAUGGAGGUGGCGCAACGAGCUUCGACCAGUGUUUGGAUGCCAAAAACUACCGUUCCGCGUUACUUUCAGCGGCAAAUGUGGGAGAACAUUUUUCGAACUUUGCUGAAUGUUCGCGACUGUCGGACUAUGCCAAACCUUCAACAGUUGCGUACUCAGCUUAAAUAUGAACUCGUCGAGAAGGAGAAAUAUGUUGAAGAGGCCAUCAGCAAGUUCAAUAUGAUACUACAAAAAUGACUUUUGCUAUUUUUUUUUGUCUGCAAUUGUCCCUCCUAUUUUAAAUGAUUAAUAAUAUGUAUUAUAAUAAUGAGCAUUAAGAAUACUAGUUUA